CCUGUCCUUCGGUAGUUAGUUCUGCUGCAACAUCUGUAUUGUUAUAUUAUUUUCAAAGUCAAAGCGUGUGGUGUCAAUUGUUCUGGAAUUAAUUAAUAAAAAUGGGUACAAAAAGGUCGGGAACAAGUUUAGUGCUCGCCACACAAGAGCCAAAGCGCAGCAAAAGCGACCUUAUUGCUUACACCAACCGAGAUAAAGCGUUGAUAGAAUCGGGCGUUAGACGUACAUCAAACUUAAUGACGCCAAUUAUGUUGCUGGAAGGACAUGAGGGCGAAAUUUUCACCACUGAAUUUCAUCCGGAUGGCGAUUUACUACUCUCGUCUGGAUUUGACCGGCAAAUUUAUGUUUGGAAUGUGUACGGCGAGUGUGAAAAUAUUAUGGUUAUGUCAGGUCAUAGCGGAGCGGUGUUGGAAGCGCAUUUCUCAACGGAUGGAUCAAAUGUGUACACCUGUGCCACCGACAAAACCGUCGCGAUAUGGGACAUUGUGACUGGUCAGCGAGUGCGUCGGCUAAAAGGACACACAAAUUUUGUAAACACUGUACAUUGCACACGCCGUGGUGUUCAAAUGCUCUGUUCGGGGUCCGAUGACCGAUCAAUAAGAAUUUGGGACGCACGGAAAAAAAAUGCAAUCCAUACACUCGAAACACCUUAUCAAGUAACUGGGGUGUGUUUCAAUGAUACCGGUGAGCAAGUGAUUUCUGGUGGAAUUGACAAUGAAAUAAAAAUAUGGGAUGUCCGCAAACAACAACAGGUGUUACAUAGACUACGCGGACAUACUGAUACAAUCACAGGGAUUUCGCUAUCUCCAGACGGCUCAUACUUGCUAUCCAAUUCAAUGGAUAACUCUUUACGUAUAUGGGAUAUACGUCCGUACGUGCCGAGUGAACGUUGUGUGAAAAUUUUUCAAGGGCAUCAGCACAAUUUUGAAAAAAAUCUAUUACGUUGUUGUUGGUCUCCAGAUGGCAGCAAAAUAUCUGCGGGUUCUGCUGAUCGUCAUGUUUACAUUUGGGACACAACUAGCCGGCGUAUAUUGUAUAAGUUGCCUGGUCACAAUGGCAGUGUUAACGACGUAGAUUUCCAUCCAAAGGAGCCUUUGAUACUAUCUGCAUCAAGUGAUAAAACUUUAUAUCUGGGUGAAAUCGAGGAUUAGACUUAGCUAUAUUCUUACAUUAACGUACAAUAAAACACAAGAGAAAUUAAUGAAAUUAUCAACUAUCUUAAA